CAUUCUCUGACAUCACGAGUCCCUCGGCGGACGCAACUUGCUAUCAGUGACCACUGUCAGCCUGCGGUCACGCUGCGCCGGCUGCAGCGCAUUCGACGCCGCGUGUGAGCCGACCGAGUGAGCGGCCACUGAAGACGACCCGCAUUCAAUUACUUGCUUAGCAAUCUUACCAUGUCACGGCGCAGCAAAGCGCUUCCCCAGCUCCCCAAUGAUGGCGGGCCUGCAAGCUCGUCGGCCUCAACAGUCGUCGGGGAGCAUUCUUCCAUCUCUGCGGCUCUGGCGGAGCGCGAAGAUGGUGUAUGGGUCAAUGUGACCAAGCAGGCCAAAUUCAUCCUGCUUGGCGGUAUCCCAGUGUGGUAUCUCGAUGUGCAUGGGAGUGUUUUGCACGUACUAACGCACGGUGGCGAGGAUUGGACAAGGACCCUUGGACUGGUCACACUCGUCUUUCUGACAUCGACCGUCGUCCUGCUCGCCUACCUCGUUUUACUGCCCACGCGAGGUGUAACUCCUAAUUGGACUAAAUGGAACAAAGACGCACACCUUCGCGGUCUGAUCCCAGCGCUUACAAUGAGCAUCAUUGGCGGUUACAUCAUGCUGCUCCUUCUCCUCUCACCCUUGUGCCAGCCGAAGUCGACGAUGUCGAGCGUACUGGCGCAUGCUCUCGCAACGCGAAUAGGCGCAGCGACCGAGUCGGCCGGCGGGAAUCUGCAAGCGGUGUCGAAACAGCUCCAAUCGAUCUCUUCACGAGCUGCUGCGUCGCUCUUCUCGCUCCACCGGCCGCUCGUGCCGGCCCAGUCAAGCGGUUGGUUCUCCAGCGGCAGCUCGGAAGGGGGCAGCUACGGUGCAUACGGGAGCAUCGACACGAAGCGCCUACUGGCGGCGCUCAAGCUGCGCGACACCGCGUCACUUGCGGCGCAACUCAACGUACCCGCGAAGCGUCUCAACGAGUUCACCAGAUCGCUCGAGCGCGACUUGCAGAGCUUCACGCUCAGCUCGCUGCAGGCAUCGCUGCGGUCCUUCAGCGACGCAGGCUCUGCGCCGUGGAUCAAGAAGGGCGCAUGGGGCUGGCUGCGCGCCAUGGUAGGCACUGGGUCGACCUACCUCGGCAUCUUCGGACUCGUCGGGCUGCUGGGCAUCUUUGGAUCCGGUCAGAAGGCCGCGCAGCGCAGGAGGGAGACGAAGGCGAAAGAAAGCCUCUAGAGCGGCGUUUUCUCCCACCUUCAUACCUGCGCAACUGCAUGCACACAUCUCCCGUACUUUUUUACAUUCUGCAUAAAGAUCGACGAACCCGCCACGUACAGAUACGAUACCCGAUAAAUCUGCUUGAUGCCCUGUAAUUAUCAGAAUUCCAUGCUAUCAC